UUUGUUUUUAUUUAAGUUUUUAUUUUAUUUUAUUUUCUUUCUUUAAGGGCAAUACAAAUAUCAUUCCACUAUUAUAUGCUUAUUCUUGCAAAUUAUUUAAAAUGCAAUUUAUGUAUAAACUGUGUGCAAAUUAUGUCAUUUUUAUUUUCUUCUUCUUAAAGGGGGUACAAAUGCCACUAAUUCAUUAUUUCUUAAACAACUUCAUUUUUAAUUUUUGUGUGUGUAAGUAUACGUGCAAGUAUUAUACAAUAUGUUUGUAAAUUAUAGUAGAUUGUGAAAAUUGUACUAUUAUGUGUUUAUUCUUUGCAUAUUACCAAAAGUGUGAUAUGAAUGUAAUGUUGUCCGCAAGUUUUUUUUAUUUUCUUUAUUCUUAAAGUGCAAUACGAAUGCUAGUAAUAUAUUCUUCUCCGAAAGCUUUAUUAUUUUACUCCUCUAAUGUUUUUUGAGGAAUUGGUUAGAGAUGUUGUAAGCCUCUAACUUGAGGCCGUCGGCGUAAGCAGAUAUACUGGUAGUGCAAAAACUCAGGGUUCCUUGCAAUGACACACUAAGUGAGAACGCAUUGUAUAGAGGCUAUGGUUGGCGUGCCUUAGCGUACGAACUAGGAGCUUUCGACUUGAAGCAACAAGUCACCCUUGGAAAUUCUGUAGAGAUAAUAUUUGAUAUACAGCCUGCCCAAACUAAUCAUCCUUGGAGCACAUGGCGCCACAGAAGGUUAUUCCCUUGGUGCAUAUUGUAUCCUCUGGCAGUUUAUGGGAUAAUUGCCUUCCCCUGAAACUUGUUCUUCGUGAUAGAUUCAUGGCAUGUUACACUGGACGCCAAUCAUGAACGAUUGAAUGGCCUCGACGACAUCUAUUUCCUUCCCCCUUUUUUCUGCAUUGAUUGGUUCGUUUAGCCGCGUCUGAAUCAGUUGAUAACUGAGGCGGUUGUAAUGAGAUGGUAGUUAGCACAUGCCUGUGCAUAUAGAUAACAGGUUGUCACAAGUCGACAUGCACCCAAGACUACGUAACCGGCCGGCCCGCAUAUGUAUAAAUACAAGGAUUGCAAGGACAAAUCCACAUCAUCCGUUCAUUUCGUCGACAUAGAUAUUGCUAGUACUGAAACAUUCUUGUCCGUAGCCAUUUAAUUGGAGCUUAGUUCGAUCGUGCAACUGGUUGAGGUCCAUGGCGGUCAGGUUUUUGCUGCUCCCUCUGGCCCUGCUGGCUCUCGCAGCUAGCUCGGCAGCGGUGGCUAACCUAGAGAUCGGCUUCUACAGCAAGACAUGCCCAGACGCCGAGAAGAUCGUCCGCGAGGAAAUGAUCAAGAUCAUCGCCGCCGCGCCCAGCCUCGCUGGUCCGCUCCUCCGGCUCCAUUUCCACGACUGUUUCGUCAGGGGUUGUGACGCAUCUGUCCUCCUCGAAUCCACCGAAGGCAACGUGGCGGAGAAGGACGCCAAGCCGAACAAGAGCCUGCGAGGGUUCGGCUCCGUGGAGCGGGUGAAGGCCAAGCUCGAGGCCGCGUGCCCGGGCAUCGUCUCCUGCGCUGACGUGCUCACCCUCAUGUCCCGCGACGCCGUCGUGCUGGCCAAGGGCCCCUUCUGGCCAGUGGCGUUGGGAAGGAGAGACGGAAGGGUGUCCAGUGCCACGGAGGCCAGUAACGAGCUGCCCCCGGCCUCCGGCGACGUCCCUCUGCUCGCCAAGAUCUUUGCCUCCAAGGGCCUCGACCUCAAGGACCUCGUCGUGCUCUCCGGCGCCCACACGCUCGGCACGGCGCACUGCCCGUCUUUCGCUGACCGGCUCUACAACAGCACCGGCGCCGGCGAGAACGGUGCCUAUGGCGUCGUCGACUCGUCUCUGAACAGCGAGUACGCCGACAAGCUAAGGCUCAAGUGCAAGAGCGUUGAUGACCGUACUAUGCUGUCGGAGAUGGACCCCGGGAGCUUCAAGACCUUCGACACCAGCUACUACCGCCACGUCGCCAAGCGGAGGGGCCUCUUCCGCUCCGACUCCGCGCUCCUCUUCGACGACACCACCAGGGACUACGUCCAGCGCAUCGCCACCGGCAAGUUCGACGGCGAGUUCUUCAAGGACUUCAGCGCGUCCAUGAUCAAGAUGGGCGACGUCGGCGUGCUCACCGGGGCCGAGGGAGAGAUCAGGAAGAAGUGCUACGCCCCAAAUUAGCAUUCGUUGAUUCUUAAUUAGUUGUUGUAACUGCACUGCAUCUCUGUCUGAUAUUAUCCACUGUAGUGUGAUGUAUUAUUGUCAAUGGUAUUUAGUAAAUUAUUUCUUCGCCAAGGUCCAUGGGCGCAGCUACAUGCUACAUAAAUGGAUGUAUGGCAGUACUGUUUUCUUGUGUCAUUGUGUGCUGCGCACAUAAACCUAACUGAUCAAGGAUAACAAGUCAUCUUUAGCGGAAUGAAAGAGAUAAGUCCACUUAGGAUAGUAAGUCGAUCACUGUUUCGAAGUUCAGGGUUGAGUCUUAAACAUAGUGGUAAGUUGAAAGUUGUAGAGUGGACUUAUCUCUAACGAAAAUAUAAUCCUUAUAAAAAAAUGAACCUUGCCUGAAAAACCAAACGAGUAUAAUCCAAUUUAAUUUGGAAACCCUGAACCUCUUGGUUGUAGGUUUAUGCACCUAACCAGUUCACACAUCAGUCCAAACUGAUGGAGGGAGGUGGGCAAUAUAUUCAACACUCCCCCUCACGUCUAGACUAUUUUAGUCCUUAGACGUGGGAUCGAUGUAGGUCGCAGAAUCAUUUUAUUUAAUACUGCGUUGGUAGGGUUUUGAAGAGUAAAUUGCAAAAAAAAAAAACCACAAUUGGGGACCCUAAAUCAAAAAACCACCACUAUUCUUUUUUUUUCAAAAACCCACCACAAUUGUGUUGACAGUUUGCAAAAAACGCUGAUUGAACGGUUAGAGUCGUUUAAUGCAAAAUCUGACUGGUGGGUCCCACUGUCAGGUGCCAUGUGGCCAGCAGAAUAGACGGCAGAAACGGACGUUAAACAGCAGGUCAACCGAGAACUCUGCCUCCUUGGCAUUUUGCCAAACAUGUAGUAGGCACACCAGAUUGGCAGCCCGAUGCAUUACUACAUGGUUGACCCACCGCUGUCGAGCGCACGCCACCGUCCGUCGGAGUCGCCGCCGAACGCCUAGUCUCCGCGCUCGACCUUUCUCUUCCUCCGUGCGCCGCCACGCCCUCUGUCCCUCCUCUGUGCUCUCUCGCAAGUUGCAGUGGCGCUCCACCGCGCCCUGUCGCCGCCCAUUCAUGGAGCUCGUGGCCAACGGCCGAGUCUCACAACGCCGUCAUGUCAGCUAGCCCCGCCACGGUAUCCUCCCUCUUCGCACAAAAUGAAUUUGACUAGGCUGUCCGGAAUCGGCCUUGUCAUGGCCGUAAUCUCCACCCCUGACCACACCCCGCCACCGCCCGAACUCGACCUCCGGCGAGCCCCAGCCCUCGCCGUCGCCCCCAGUGGAUGUGCGUCAACACGUUGGUGCCGCAGAGCAUCUUCAGGACGAGCCCUGCGACCUCCUGCCACCUCCCAGUGUCGCCUUGAUCUGGCAGUCGCCGCCGCCGCGCCCAAGGCCAUCGUCCUCGAGCUCCCCUGCGACACCCACGUUGACUACAAGACAGCUGUGGGUCGGGGGCCGGUGGAUUGCCGGUGUCUGCGAGCCAGGACUGAGGCGGCGGGAGAGUUUUCUCACGGGCCGGCGCAGCAGAGUGGGUGGCCGUGUCGCGGCGGCGCAGGCCCUGUGCCCGGCGGCAAGGAGAAGGGUGGUGGCGGGGGCUAGGGGAGGUCGGGGACGCGUGGAUCGCUAGCAAGGGGGCAGGGGUGCCCUGGAUGCCGGAGCACGGAUCUCGCCGGAGUACAAGCUCUCCUCGCUGUCGUCCGUCGCUGCCACAACCGCUCAUUCGUUCUUCUCACCUUUUUCUUUUAUUCAUUUUGUUUCAAUGACACACGGACCCCACCUGUCAGCUCGGUUAGACAAUAACAUCCGUCUCUUCAGGGACGUUACUAGGUGCCACAUCAGCUGAAUUAUGGGUCCCCCUGUUCAGAUUCCGCAUCAAUGGCUGUUUAUUCGUGUUAUUAGUGCUUUCUGCAAACUGUCACCUAGAAACCGGAUUUUUUUUGUAAAAAAAACGAAUGGUGGUAGUUUUUUGAUUUAGGGUCCACAAAUGUGGUGGUUUUCUGCAAUUUACUUGGUUUUGAACUCAA